AUGUCAAAAGAUAUUGAUGAUAUUCCAGUUAUUUUAAGAAGACGCCACAUCCUAACAUCAUAUCGUCCACUUCAUAAAUCUACAAUUUAUUAUAUAUUAUCUGCUUUUAUUCCAAAUAAUGAAAUGCUAAAUUUUUGGACACAUUUUUUACCAGCAAUAUAUAUAUCAGUUAAUUAUCUUUACACAGAAAUUGUAUCUAUUAAUGGUCCUCAUUUUAAUUUAUUAAUUUUAUACAUUGGUAUAAUAAUUUUAUUUAUCUGUUCAUCAUUCUCACAUCUUUUACAUUCAAAAUGUUAUUCAAGUCAUGUUUUUUGGUUAUUAAUAGAUUUUUUUGGUAUAUCAUUUUUUUCUAUUUGUACUGGAAUUCAAAGAUAUUUAAAUUCAAAAUCUCAAGGAAUAUGGUAUGAUAUUGGAUAUAUUCCUUGUUUAUUGUUUGCAAGCUUAGGAUUACAAUUUACAAGCACAAGUUAUUUAUUUGUCUUUAAAAAUUUUAUGAAAGGGAGAAUUUUGAUAAAAGUUAUAUCAUCUAUCAUUGUUGCUUUAUGGAUAUAUGUCCCAUUAUUGGAAAGAUAUUUUGCUAAUUCUAUCUCAAAUAUAGAUGUAGCUCUUCAAUUACAUACCAAAGCAUUGGGAUGGUUAUUUUUAUCGGGUUUUUUUAUGGGUAGUAAAAUUCCUGAAAGAUUUUUUGAAGGGACAUUUGAUGUUGUAGGAUAUAGUCAUCAGUUAUUUCAUAGUUGUAUAUUUAUGGUAACAUGGAAUUUAUGUGAGGGUGCUUAUAUAGAUAAUACAAAUAUGGAUGAAAUAAUUUCAAUUUCUUUAUUUAUGAAAAUUUGCAUAAUAAUAACAUUAUCUGGAGUACUUCUAACUUAUCAUAUUAUUAUUAAAAUAAUGGUGAAAAAGGCAUAUUCAGAAUCAAAAAUAAAUAACAAUUCACCAUCUAAAUUUAACUUAGUUAACAAUACAUGUAUCUAUUCACAUUGUCAUGUACCAUUGAAAAUGAAAAAAAUGUAA